AUGAGCGGAAUCGAAGAGGUCACCGGACAGGAGGUUGAAAACGUCCAAGUGGGCGGGGCUUUGCUGAAAGUGAGAAGGGUAUUCGUUGCUAAGUCUGGUGGACGUUUUAAGAAUAGUGUAAAAACUGUUAGUCUAGAUGUGGACAUUCCCACGGUUUUCACCGCUUCCCCCAGUGGUCCGGACCUUUUCUCGGAGGCCGUCGUGAAGUUGAUCGACUCCCAUAUCCCUGCCGGUAUGACCCCAGCUAAUUUGAAAGUCGGGGUCAAGUUUGAGUCUGAGGAGCUUGUGGAGAGUGUGGGUCUCUCAUUCAAGAAGUUGGCAAAUGUUUUGCCACGGGACAUUGCCGACUGUAUGGAGGACAUGGCUCAAUCCAACAAAAACUUGCUCGAGCUUGAGGAACCCAGUAUCACAAUUCACAUCACCUACCUCAACACACCUUCUGGCAGUGGAGAAGAAGCCUCCAACAAAGGAGGUGAAGUCGCCACGCCAGCGAAAAAGAGUGGAGGAAAAAGGAAAAGUUUUGGUAUUGAAGAAAUUCUGGGUCUCCCCUCAACAAAGAAGCAAAGGGACGAAGAAGAAGAAGAAGGAAGUGAGAGUGAUGAAGAAGAUUUGGGUGACUUGGACAAUGUCGAGAUUCUUGAAGAGGUUUUGCCAAAACGACAUCAUCUCAUGCCUAACAAAGUUUCCCGUAAUUGCCUCGUCCAUGCCAUAGUACAAUCUCUUCGUCACCGAGAAUGGAAGCAAGACAAGGACAACAAGAAAAAACACAACCGAUAUCGAAGAAGUUUGUUGAAGAAUGAAGUUCGUGAAGGCUACCUUGAUGUUUUCCAAGAGGUCAAUGAGUUGAAAAAGAAAGCGGGAAUCACCAAAAUGUACGACUUCGAUAGUGUUGAUUGUUCUGUGUUCCAAGAAAAAUGCUUUGCGGGUCAGCUUCAACUGAUUGUCUUUGUCAAAAACUCCACUCUUCCUUAUUAUUCUGGUCCCUAUGUUGGAAAAGAAAAGCAGAUUGUGUUAUAUCUAGCUGAUGGGCAUUAUUGUGGAUUGAGGAGUGUAGCCAGUCUUCUAAAAACUUCGUAUUAUUGCUUUUUGUGUUUCUCAAGAAGUAGGGCUGCUGAAUCCCACUAUGCUUGUCGCCUUCUUCAUCGCUUUUGCGGAAAGCCCAACUGCCCUCCAAAAACUGAAAAUGACGUGGCAAAAAGAUGUCCAGUCUGUUGUGUGACUUUUGAGACGGAGACGUGCUAUAAGAAUCAUCUGCAGAAAGGCCCAAAUGGUGGAAAAAGUCGCUGUGACUACACCAAAUAUUGUCAAAAGUGUUCAAAGUCUUAUUAUACCAACAAGAGGACUGGAAAACAUGAAUGCGGAGAGUCUUAUUGCCACAGAUGUCAAGAGAAGAAGCAAGCCGGCCAUACUUGCACAAUGAUGCCUUCCAUCAAAAACGAAAAGAAGUUGACUCGGAAGCGUGGAUUUUUUGAUGUUGAGACCCGUGUUUGUGAGACCACAAAAAGACAAAUUCCAACUCUCUUCACUUGUGUCAAAUGUUGUCCCAAAUGCUCGAGUGACAUUCCGAAGACUACUGACGAGGGUGAAGACUCAAAGUGUUCGAACUGUUCUCCGGACGGUCGUCUGAAAGUCAUCGAUGAGAUUAAGGACGAAGGCAUCGACGUCGGGGCCACGUUUACGGAAUGGAUGUUUGAUGAUAAGCAUCGAGGCUUCACGUUUGUGGCGCACAAUGCUUCUGGCUUCGAUGGUCAGUUCAUCUUGGAGGCUCUGAUUGCGAGCAACAAAGCCGCCCCUACUGUUUGUCUGGAUGGAACCAAAUUGGUCUAUCUGGAAUACAAUGGAGUGCGACUCGUUGACUCGUUGAAAUACCUCACCAUGAGUCUAUCGAUGGUAGGGAAGACCUUCAAGGUGGAUUCGCUCAAGGGGGACUUUCCAGUCCAUUUCAUUCGGAAGGAGAACUUCCAAUACAAUGGACCAAUUCCGGAGAAUAAGUACUAUGCUCUGGAAAACAAGAGUAGAGAACAUCGGGAGCAAUUGGAGAGCUUCCUCGAGAAGGAGAGGGCUGAUGGAAAGGUCUUCAACUUUUAUGACGAGUUGCUGAAAUAUUGCUAUAACGAUGUAUACAUUCUGGCGACCUCAAUGGGACUCUUCGAGAGGGAAUUUGAAAAGAUGACCAACGUCUGUCUCUUCGAGGAGACCACGACUGCCGCAUCAGCUGCUGCCCUCGUCUUCCGGCGAAACCAUCUGGACCCGAAAAUGCCAAUUGUGUUGGAUGCCAAACCUUCCGUCUCCAUGAACAAUUCCAUCCUGAGCCAAAAAUACUUGGCUUGGAUUUGUGAAUCUGAGAAAGUGCAAGUAAACAUGUCCACAACAUAUGGUGAGGAAAAAAUUGGAAAUCAUCGUGUGGAUGGUUAUAUUCCGCCAUGUGAGAAGUACCCUGACGGCCAAAUAAUUGAAUUUUUUGGGUGCUACUAUCAUGGUCAUACUUGUACUUAUUCGGAAGAGUCGGUUAUUGGCGAGAAGAGUGCCCGGGACAUUUGGAAGGCGGAUGAGGAGAGAAUCAAAGCUCUGAAAGAAUCCGGAAAAUGUCCUGUCCGUGUCGUAUAUGAAUGUGAUGUGAAGGCUGAACUUCGGUCCAAUCGUGAAAUGGCUGACUUCUUUGACAGCUACGAAGCCGUCGAUGUGCUUCAGUGUCAACGUGCCCUUGUUGGAGGCCGUACGGAAGUCUUCCGCGUGUAUGUGGAUUGCAAGGACGGUACGGGGUACUAUGUAGACGUGGUCAGUCUGUACCCCACCGUCAUGAAGCACGAAGCUUUUCCGAUUGGAGCGCCGGAAAAUGUUCAAAGAAGCACGUUCGCCCUCCCGAUUGUUUCUCCUGAUGGAAUUCCCUUUGAAGGCUUCAUGAGCUGCAAGCUGCAGGCUCCGAGGGAUUUGAGGCUUCCAGUCAUCGCUGGAAAAGUCUCUGGAAGACUGAUGUUUUUCCUUUGCAAGUUGUGCGCAAAGGAAGGAAAUCAGGAGAAAUGCACACAUUCCGACGAAGAACGGUCUUUCACCGGAACCUUCACCACCGUGGAGCUGAAAAAAGCAUUGAGCCUCGGAUACAAGAUCGUCGAGGUGUACCACGGAAUCAAGUAUGAGAAGUGGGUGAAGAAUGAUGCCAGUGGAAAAGGUGGCCUUUUCACUUCUUAUAUUGAUACGAUGAUGAAGGCCAAGAUUUAUAGCAGUGGAUGGCCUUCCGAUGUGGUCACCGAUGCAGAAAAAUUGGAAUUCUGCCGGGGGUACAUGGAGAAGGAGAACAUUGAACUGCUAGAAAGUCUCUUCGAGGGGAAUGCCGGAAUGAGAGCAGUCGCCAAACUGUUACUCAAUGCAUUGUGGGGAAAAUUCGCACAGCGAGCCGACCGAGUCAAUACAGAGAUCAUCCUGGAUCCAGGAAAAUUUUGGCAGAUUGUCCACGACACUGCCCUGGAUCUUCUGGAUGUGAGGCCGGUAAACGAUGUGCUGAUUGUUCAAUACAGGCAAAGAGAAGAAACUCUCUCAAGUUUGAAGACGAGUGCUGUUCAUCUGGCUGCAUAUGUCACAGCAUAUGCAAGACUCCGUCUCUAUAGUCUGAUGGAAGCCGUUGGCCCCGACAACAUUGUCUAUACAGACACGGACUCAAUCAUCUUCAAACUCCCACAUGGCACACCGAAUCCCUUGGAAGAUAAGAUGGGAUCGUACCUUGGUCAACUGACGAAUGAACUCAAAGGGACCAUGAAAGAAUUUGUUAGCCUUGGUCCCAAAACGUAUUCUUACAAGGAACAGUUGGCAAAUGGCGAGGAGAAGGUGGCAAUCAAGGCGAAGGGCAUAACCAUCAACUCGGAAGUCGCCAAAAAGCUGAACUUUGAAAAAAUGAAGGGGAUGGUUGAUGAGGUGCUGGGAAAGGAGGAUUCGAGGACGUCUCUCCUUCUUCCACAACACACAAUGGUCCGAGACAAAAACCACAGUGUGUAUAGUCGGAACACACUCAAGCAGUUCCGUUAUACUUUUAAUAAACGCCGUUUAUUACCCGAUGGUUCAACCCUUCCCUUUGGAUACUUUGAAUAA